CACACAGCUGUUGCGUUAUCGAUAGCCAUGACCACCGAUAGCAGUCAUUCCCAAUCCAAUUGCAAUUUAAAUAUGAAGGAGAAAAAAUCUAAGAAGAAACCCCGCAAAUCGACCAAUAAGCCCAAGGAGACCUCGGAUUCGGAGAAAAGGAAGAUCAUAGAGCUGAUGCACGAGUACAACGACCUGAAGGAUGCCACUCAACUGGUCCUGGGAGCCUUGGCGACCCUGAAAAGCGUUCCCAUUCGCUCGGUUUAUGCCACCUACAAUCUGCCCAGAGACGAGUAAAAAGGAUUUCUUUGGGGAGUAGUCUUCAUGUACUUGAUGUAAACAACUUGAAAAACAACCAAAUGCAUUUAUUGCAUCUCGUGGCACCUACUGGCUAGCGUGAAAAUAGGACCGGCAUCGCUCGUUGAAGGUCUUGUAGGUGCGCUCCUUAAUGAUGUCCUCCACAUUGAGCUCGGCCUGAAGAACGCGCAGCUGGAGAGGAUUCGGGA